GGUGGUAAGGCUGGUGAGGUCCCCACUGACCUUGAGCAGGCCACUGGUCUCGAGCGUAUCGAACUUCUUGCCAAGUUGGAGGGUAAGGAGCUCUUUGACAUGGAGCCCUUGCAGGUUACCCACCUCGGUACCCCCAAGAACCCCAUCGUUGUUGAGUCCCACGAUCCUAUCCGUUUCGUUGGCUGCACUGGUUUCCCCGUUGAGUCCCACGACGUUAUCUGGAUCAACCUUGACAAGUCCCACGAGCACGAUCGUUGCCCCGAGUGCGGUUCCGUCUUCACCAUGAACUUUGUCGGUUCUGAGGAUGAGCACCACCACUAA